UUAUUCGUCUCACAUAGACAUCAAUUGCAUUCAUCAGCCUCCCAUCACUUGGUAUCUUUGUCAUUUACUAUCUCAUCCGAAUCCCAGACUGCCAAUAUGACUAUCCCGGAGAAGCAAUGGGCCCAAGUGGUCGAGAAGAAGGGUGGACCCCCUGUCUACAAGCAGAUUCCGGUGGCAAAGCCUGGCCCGGACGAGAUCUUGGUCAAGAUCCGGUAUACCGGAGUUUGCCAUACCGACUUGCACGCCAUGAAGGGUGACUGGCCACUCGGGUUGAAGCUUCCCCUCGUGGGCGGACAUGAAGGAGCUGGCGUGGUCGUCGCCACGGGUGACCUCGUCAAUGAGUUUGAAGUUGGAGAUCACGCUGGUAUCAAAUGGUUGAACGGAUCCUGUUUGGCUUGUGAGUUCUGCAAGCAGGCCGAGGAGCCCCUCUGUCCUCACGCGUUGCUAUCCGGUUACACCGUCGAUGGUACGUUCCAGCAGUAUGCCAUCGCCAAGGCCAGUCAUGCGUCGAAGCUCCCGAAGGAAGUUCCCCUUGAUGCUGUCGCUCCCAUCCUCUGUGCUGGUAUCACUGUCUACAAGGGAUUGAAGGAGUCUGGUGCUCGUCCCGGCCAGACCGUCGCCAUUGUCGGCGCCGGAGGUGGACUCGGAUCGCUGGCUCUGCAGUAUGCUAAGGCAAUGGGGCUUCGCACCAUCGCCAUCGACGGUGGUGACGAGAAGAAAGCUAUGUGCGAGAAACUCGGAUCGGAGGCAUACAUCGACUUUAAGACAUCCAAGGAUGUAGUUGAGGACGUCAAGGCAGCCACUCCGGAAGGCCUUGGUGCCCACGCUGUGAUUCUUCUCGCUGUGGCCGAAAAGCCCUUCCAGCAGGCAACCGAGUACGUUCGCUCCAAGGGUAGUGUCGUCGCUAUUGGCAUGCCAGCCGGCGCAUUCCUUCGAGCCCCUGUCUUCAACACCGUUGUCCGUAUGAUCAACAUCAAGGGAAGCUACGUUGGCAAUAGGCAGGAUGGCGUAGAAGCAGUAGACUUCUUUGCCCGCGGACUCAUCAAGGCUCCGUUCAAGACGGCUCCUUUGGAGGAUUUGCCGCGCAUCUUCGAACUGAUGGAACAAGGCCAGAUCGCCGGUCGGUAUGUCCUUGAGGUGCCUCAGUAAGCAGGUAGACACGGAAAGAUUUGGCGUUGGGGAUGACACGAGUUGCUGGUCAGACGGAGUUUAUUUACCAGUCUCGAGCAUGACUACUAUGAUGGGCUUAUGACUACUAAUAACGUCUCUCUGACAUGUUUAAAAUACUGAAAUAAUUGAAUCUUCUAUACUCUUAUUCACCAUAUCCGCACGUGAUGGAUACCAAGUAAUUGACUCUACAUGGAGAACACGCACGGCAAGCCUUGCUGCAAAUCAGAUUGUCUCAUGUCAUCCAUCAUGCAUAAGCAUCAUCACAUCGCCAUGGCCUGCAUGACUACCUAGUAUCUGUUCAGAUACCUAGUGGUACAGUCUGAACAAAGCCCCAAACAUACAGAUAAACAAAGUACACGAAGCUAUACUCCAUCCAAGAGAUACAAUGUUAUGUACUAAACACCAUGAUGCUAUGCUUUCAUAACAAACCAAAUCAAAGAAAUUUCCCAUUAUCCCCAGCCAAACAGUACAGUAGUAUAAUAGUACCUCUAACAUCACCCAAGGACGUUCAUCCAUACACAAUACAACCGAACCCUCCAAUUUGAAAACCAUAACCCUAACCACAAAAUAGCAAAUACAACAAUCAAUCAAUCACUUCUCAUCCUCCUCCAACCCGGACGACUCCCCCCCACCCACCGUCAUCUGCGGCCCCCUAUACACC